AGCACACGCCCACCCCACACACAGACAGCUAUAUUGCUGGUGAAAACAGAGACACACUCAGAGGAUUCUGUCACCCACCAACAUCAUGACUGGAAGAGCUGUUUUCCUGGGACUCCUGCUUAUUUGUGUGGCUGCAGAUGCAGAGAAGGAACCUGGACUCAUGAUAAAGCCCUCUUGUUACGACAUGGCAGAGAUUCCAGCGUGCCCUAUGAAUUUUGCUCCUGUGUGUGGCAGUGAUGGAAACACUUACGCCAACGAGUGUGCCCUGUGUGUCCAAAGACAAGUAACCAAGAUGGACAUUAUGAUCGUCAAGGAGGGGACCUGCUGAUCUGCACAGCUGGUGAUGUCACCGCCCAAGCAUCCAAUCAGGAUCUGGUUAUGUGUCCGACAUGGAUCUUUGAUAUAACAACUGGAUCCCAACUGUCCCAAAAAAGUUUGUUCUAAUUACCACAAGCAAUAAAUGUCCUUCAGCAUCAAACAA